AUGUCGCUUGCGAACCCUCGUCGCCGCGCCCCGGUGACUCGUCCGGGAAGCGAGGGUGAAGCCGCUCUUUCACUUAAGACUGGCAUGGCCCUCCGCAAAGGCGCUACCUUCCACUCUCCUCCCUCUCCCAUCCCCAUGGCAUCGGACGAGACCUUCUCUCCUCCUCAGCUGCCUCGGUCACCAACCAACGUCGACGACAUCGUCGACGCCAACCGCCGCCGUGUGGCACUCGCCAUCGACGACAUCACCGAGACCUUGGCCAGGGCAGACAUCUCCGCCUCCCUGCCCAAGGCUCCCAAGGCCUCGCUCCGGGACACCAGCUCUCCUGUUCCCCGCGGCCUGCUCGGCCUCGACGGCCCUGAGCAGUACAUGGCCUCCAAGUCUGAGGCCGAGCGCCGGGUCCUGCGCCCGCGCUCCGUCCGCCGCUCCAAGCAUGGUUCUGACAGCGGCCUCGGAAGCUCCAUCACAUCGGGUGACGAGAAACCUUCAACCAUGACGAAAGAGGCGAAGGCUAGCCCGGCCCUCACCGGGUCGGCAGCAACCACGGCCAAGGACAACCUUCGCCCUCUCAGCCCCAAAGCAUAUCGGAGAGUUCACGAGCACAUCCUCACGCCUCUGCUCGGCGAGCCGACUUUCAAAGAAUUCAGACCCCUCGUGCUUGACGUACCGCGUCGCAUCAGGUCGAAGGACAUAAUAUGCCUUCGUGACCUCGAGAAGACUCUCAUCUUCAUGGCUCCUACCAAGGCGCCUUCUCUCUAUCUCGACUUCUGCCUUACAUCCAUCCGCUGCAUCCAAGCGACCGUCGAGCUCUUCUCGGACCGCGAGCAGACUCGGCCCAACGACCGCCCUUACACUAACGGAUACUUCAUCGAUCUCAAGGACCAGAUUCUGGAGUACGGAAGACAGCUGUACGCCGCUAAGAACAAGACCGGAUCCCUCGAGGACGACGACGUUGACCAAACGGACGAGAUCAAACUGUACGGUGGCGUUGCCGACAACGGCCGCCCCGCAGAGCUCGUUCGCGUCAAGAAGGACGGAACAGUCAUCUCACUCGCCACCGGAAAGACGAUCGACAUGGAAGAGUCCGCCGUCAAGAUCAAGCGAUCCCACAGUGAGCAGCUCGAGGACCAGGAGGAAAUCAUGCGCUCCAUGGCGCGCCGCAAGAAGAACGCCACUCCAGAGGAGCUGGCCCCUAAGAUGUGCCCGCACCCUGGCUGCGGCAAGAUGUUCAAGCGCCCUUGCGAUCUCACCAAGCACGAGAAGACGCACUCGCGCCCGUGGAAGUGCCCCAUCGCAACUUGCAAGUACCACGACUUCGGCUGGCCCACGGAGAAGGAGAUGGAUCGCCACGUCAACGACAAGCACUCCAACGCCCCGGCCAUGUACGAGUGCAAGUUCCCUCCGUGCCCCUACAAGUCGAAGCGCGAGUCGAACUGCAAGCAACACAUGGAAAAGGCCCACGGCUGGACAUACGUGCGCACCAAGACCAACGGCAAGAAGAUGCCGGGCUCUGACGCGCAGCACACGCCGUCUCUGCACCACUCAUCCACGCCGUCCACGACUCCUUCGUACGGCAUGCAGACACCGCCCGAGAUGACGUCGCUCGACUACCCGAACAUCUCCAAUCAGGACUGGUUCAAUAAUUCCAGCGCGUACGACAUGCAGGCGAACAACGCUGACGCCAUGGACAUUUCCGUGGACCUCCGCUCGCCCGCGUCGGCCGCAUCGUACGAGCAGUACCCUCCCUACCAGAACGGAUCCACGUUCAUCAUGCCCAACGAGGAGGACAUCUACGCCGCGCAGGCUCAGCUCGGACAGGGAUCCGAGCUGCAGCUGCCGCUCGAGAUCCAGAACCUCCUCAGCGCCAAGCUGCUGCCGCAGAACCUGCCCAUCUACCGCACGCAGCAUAUCCCUCAGGCUGCGCCAGCCCCGCAGACCCAGGCCAUGCCGUCUCACUUCUCUCCAUCUGCCCAGCAGAACGCCAUGCUCUAUACCCCCGACUCUCAGCAGGCGGUCGACGAGGGAUUUGACGACCCGUUUGGCGCGGGCUGCGCCGACUUCACCCUCUUCUCGGGCCAGCAGGACAAGAGCCAGGUCAAUGUUCAGCAGCCGCUUUUCGGUGAAGUCACGGCUGAGGUGCCAAGUGCAGGCUUGGGCUUCUCUCAGACGUCCCAGUCGGACAUGCUGAACCAGGUUGACUGGUACUCGUUCGACGCCGUGCCCUUCCCGGCUUAG